UCACUCGCCGCCCUGCCAUCCGGACCGACCGGUGAUUUUACGGCGACGGCGCGUUCGGAGCUCGGGAAUUGAUAUUACGGCGAUGGUCGGCGUUCGGAGCUCGUUUUUCUUUAAAUACUUUUUUCGCAAGCGCGGGUUUAAAGCUUUAGUUUUGGAUCUUGGACACUAGAGAGUACCCAUCUUGUAUCUGCACACAAAGGAAGUAAGUUGGGAAGUUGUGCUACUAAAAGGGCGUUUUUCAGGACUCCUUCAAUUUGUGGCUCCUUUAAAACGUCUCUGUGAUGACCCAAGGUGGCGGUGCUUAGGCGCAGAAUUGUAAAAAGAUUGAUUCUCUGAGGUCAAUCAAUGGAGCACCACCUUGCAUUCCGGUGUCCAACAGGUCGUUAUUGACUCCUGUAACCUUGCCAGUUUUCCGGGAUCCAAACAUGAGGAACGACACGAGGCUGCGCAUCUUCUCAGGCACAGCCAAUCCUUCCCUUUCCCAGGAGAUAGCAAGUUACUUGGGGCUAGAACUUGGGAAGAUAACCAUAAAGAGGUUUGCUGAUGGUGAAAUAUAUGUUCAGUUGCAAGAAAGUGUACGGGGCUGUGAUGUUUUCCUUGUGCAACCGUCGUGUCCUCCAGCAAAUGAAAAUCUUAUGGAGCUUCUGAUCAUGAUUGAUGCCUGUAGGAGAGCAUCUGCUAAGAAUAUCACUGCAGUUAUCCCUUAUUUUGGUUAUGCAAGGGCUGACAGGAAGUCCCAGGGCAGGGAAUCUAUAGCUGCAAAACUUGUAGCUAAUAUGAUUACCGAAGCUGGUGCCAACCGUGUCCUUGUUUGUGAUCUUCAUUCUAGUCAAGCAAUGGGAUACUUUGACAUCCCAGUAGAUCACGUUUAUGGCCAGCCUGUUAUUCUUGAUUAUCUCGCCAGCAAGACAAUAUGUUCAGAUGACUUGGUAGUUGUAUCUCCUGAUGUUGGAGGUGUUGCCAGGGCACGUGCCUUUGCCAAAAAGCUGUCAGAUGCACCUCUAGCUAUUGUAGAUAAAAGAAGGCAAGGACAUAAUGUCGCUGAGGUGAUGAAUCUUAUUGGAGACGUGAGAGGAAAAGUGGCUGUUAUGAUGGAUGAUAUGAUCGACACAGCAGGUACCAUUUCCAAAGGAGCUGAGCUACUGCACCAGGAAGGCGCCCGAGAAGUAUAUGCUUGCUGCACACAUGGUGUUUUUAGCCCACCCGCCAUCGAAAGGCUAUCAAGUGGAUUGUUCCAAGAAGUAAUCAUCACAAACACCAUCCCUCUGAAGGAGGAGAAGAGUUUUCCGCAGCUGACUAUUCUUUCGGUUGCUAACCUCUUGGGGGAAACAAUCUGGCGCGUUCACGAUGAUUGCUCGGUUGGUCAUGAGCCAUACUCCAGCUUGGAUAUUGACUGAUGCUUAAGGAAUAGUUGUGGCAGCUCGCAACCUUCUCUUUCUUUUCUUUUGGCCUCGGUUUUUGUCUGUGCGUGUAAUAAGCAAUGUUUUUGUGGAAUUCUGUUAGCGCAGAACCUCAGCCUUGUAUUUGAGUGACAGCACAUAAGAUGACAUUCCAGAUUGUAGUGCAGUGUUUCAGCUAUCCUCAAUCACAGCACAUAAUAUGUGUUUGCUUGCA